AUGGAUGCACUCACCGACUUCCUGAACCUGCCUCUGCCGGAUUAUAUUGAUAACCUGGCCAUCAAUGAGCCAGAUCGGGUCUUUGCCAGAGUGCUCAGCGCAUCGAGUACUGGCUACAGUGCUGUAGAAGUGACUGUUCAAGGCUUAGCCGUCUCAAUCGAUAUAGCAGCAAGAUGGCUGGACGAGCAGCUCGGUCAGGAUGGAGAGUCCAAGACGAUCGCAUUCAUGGCUGCCGGACAGGACCUCAGAUACUUUAUCAUCAUGCUGGGCGCGGUCAAAAGUGGUCGCCUAGCAUUCUUCCCAUCGCCUCGCAACGACGUGGAAGCACAAUGUUCUUUGUUCAACGAGUAUCGAUGCAAGACGCUACUACUACCUCGGGCGUCAUCCUUCCAUGACAAGCUACAGCCAGUCAUCGAGCAGCUGGCAUUGAACGUACUCGAAAUGCCGAGCCUGCACUACUUCCUGCACAACGGCGGAGGACUAAGACGUGGAUAUGGUUGGAUGCCAGAACCCGACUCAGACUUCAAAUUACAACCACUCGUCGGAGUUCAUACCUCAGGUGCGACGGGCUCGCCAAAGCCGGUGGUUGUCAAACAUGGCAACGCUACUGCGAUGGAACACUGGAAACGAUUACCUUCGCAUUUCGGCCAUGGAAAGGUACAUUUCACACACUGGAGUAGCAAGACUAUUCUUUUAGCACUGCCUUUGUUCCAUUUAGCUGGCCUGAACAUUAUGAUGGCGGCGCUACAAAACAACACAAUCGUCGUGUUACCCCCGACUGGUCUCGGUCCCCUGAGCAGCGACAUCAUCGGCGACGUUCUUGGGCAGGUGACGGCAGAUUGGCUGGUCACCUCACCCUCGAUACUUGCGGAUAUGGCCUCGGAUGUGAAGCUGUCGAGCAGCUUCUUGAAGGUAGAAGGCGUGGCAUACGGAGGAGGACCACUAUCGAAAGCUGCAGGAGACGCCAUUGUCGAGUCGUGCUCAGUACUAACUUUCAUUGGGAUGUCCGAAUGCGGUAUACUACCUUCGCAGCUUGUUGAACGGGACGACUGGCAGUACAUCCAGUUCUCUCCAGCUCUAGGAAUCGAAAUGAGGCCUUACGUGGAGGGUCUGCACGAGCUGUCCUUUGUGCGCGACGAAGCAUACAAGGACUUCCAGGUCCCGUUCUUCACCUCCCCAGAGAUUGAUGAGUAUUCAACGAAAGACUUGUUCAGUCAACACCCGGCCAAUCCCGAUCUAUGGCUCUGGCAAGGCAGAACAGAUGAUAUCAUUGUCUACGCAACCGGAGAGAGGUUCAACCCUGCCGACUUUGAGAACACGAUCAGCGGGGAUUAUCAGGUCAAUGCUGCCAUACUAUACGGCAAUGGAGAGUCUCAAUCAGCACUACUUGUCGAGCCGCAUCGUUCACUUGUCGGAGUUCGGCAGUCCGAGAGGGAGAUCAUUCAAGCCAUCUGGCCAACGGUGGAAGAAGCGAAUGCGAAAUGUCCAUCAUACGCACGAGUUCGGAGAGACAUGAUCGUGAUCACCGACUUGAGAAAACCUCUGCCUCGAGCUGGAAAGGACACAGUGCAACGGAAAGCAGCCCUGACCCUCUACGAGCAAGAGUUGGAUGCUCUCUACUCCAGAGACACGAUGCAGGGAUCAGUCCCCGACAGUCCUUAUGCUGUCGAGGAGAGAAAGCCUCACGUCUACAUCCGCAACGACAGCCCAAUUGAUACGCACGACGACGUCAGUCCGGAUGAACGACAAAUGAUGCAGCAAAUAUUGGACAUCGUCGAGCGGCAUACGGACCUCAGACUGCACGCCACAGACGACUUCUUCGCCGUCGGACUGGAUUCGAUCGGAGUGGCAGGAAUUGUGAAGAGGCUUCGGAAGUUGAUUGCGAUCCACGGUGAUGACAAGGAGAUGGAACCGAAGACGAUUUACAACCAUCCGACAGCCGCUGCACUUGCUCGAUAUCUGGCUGGUAAAGAGCUUGUGAAGCCCGGCAAAUUAUCCUCUACGGAGGAGUUGUAUGAGAGGUAUUCCUUCAACCCGCCAGUCACAACCAGAGACCCGAUACCGUAUGACUCGCUACGAAGAAUUGUCGCACUGACUGGUUCUACUGGCUCAUUUGGUACAUAUCUGCUGGAUCGACUCCUCCAUGACGAUACCGUCACACAUAUCAUCUGCCUCAAUCGCAAGCACAACGCUGAAGCGAUGCAGCUGCAAUCACUUCGUUCCAAGGGUCUCCAGACGAACUUCAAGAACAAGGUCACAUUCUUGACAGUCGACUUCUCGAAACAGUACAUGAGUCUCGACCGGGACACGUACAAGAACCUGCUGACUAUAGUGACACAUAUCCUCCAUACCGCGUGGCACGUCAACUUCAAUCUUCCUCUAUCGCACUUCGAGAAGCCACACAUUGCUGGUAUAAGGCAGCUGGUCGACUUUUCGGCACGGUCAAGUCACGGCGCUAUGAUCAUCUUCUUAUCCUCGGUUGGUGCAGUCUCCAACUACAGAGCAUCACUAGACGGCGAAAACCAUCGGACCGUACCAGAAGAUCCGAUUGAAGACUGGAGCUGCGCCUCACGCAGCAGCGGCUAUGGUCAGUCCAAGCUUGUUGCAGAACGUAUACUCUACACCGCCGCGACCGAAGCCGACGUCCCGUGCACCAUCAUCAGAUUCGGACAAAUAGCGGGACCAUCGACUGGCAUGGGUGUUUGGCAGAAGUGGGAAUGGCUACCAAGUCUCGUCACAUCGUCCAAGUACCUUGGCUGCCUCCCAGCAACACUUGGUGCAUUCGACGUAGUUGACUGGGUUCCCAUCGACUCAGCCGCCAAAAUCGUCGGCGAGUUCCUGCACGAUGCAACAACCCAACUACAAGAAAGCGGCGAAAAGCUGAUGGUGUACCACGCUGUCAACCCCAACGUGGUUGCCUGGGACACUCUCUUGCCUUCGAUCCAGCCGCAUCUUGGCGUGUACGAUGUGGUGUCGUCGCAUGAGUGGGUUGAGCUGCUGGCUGAGUCGGAUGAGAAGGGCUCGCCGGAGAACCCGGCGGGUAAGCUCAUACCGUUCUAUCGUAGUUUGGUGGAUUCGGAGAUGCAGGUGCCGCUUGAUAUUACGAUGAGUCGGCAGGCGAGUAGGACGUUGGCGGAGCUGCCGUCGAUUUCGGGGGAUUUGUUUGAAAGUUGGGUGAGGAAGUGGAUAUACGGACGACCGGUGAUUCUCUCGCUGUCACCUGCCUUACCAAAACUGGUGCCUCAGGCUGUAUUCUCCGGCACGGGCCGUCUCCGAUCGUGCGAGUCAAUGCUUCUUCUCGCGACCGUGACUCUGCUCUUGAAAGGACAGUUUGCAGAGGUUGUCACUUCCGCGAUCGAAGCAGAUAGAAGGCAGUCGAGACACGCCCUACGCGUGAAUGGCAAUGGAAGGCGCGUCGAUCGCGAUGUACUUCUAAUUGUCAACUUGUCUCUGGGGCACUACGUUCUCCGAUGUUUCCAAUGCGGCCAACCGCGAGAGCAGCCGGGGGACAUGUCGAAAUUCUUCCGCUCAGCAGACUCAAGCGGUAGCGACACAGACAGUAGUGAUAGCGACACAGGAGCAGGCUCGACAGCCGAAGUGUCGCGAGAUGGCGCGCUGCAGAGUCUUUCGAAUCAGUCUCACACCUUGGGCCCUGACAUCCUCACCGAUGGAAAGGAUUGGCUGCUACAUUCACUGCUCGAGGAACGAUGUCUCAACCAAGUGCGUGCAGAACAGACCCACGCGAGGUCUCUGGACGACAAUGGCAUCCGGCGAGAAGCUCGAAAGCGAUAUCGCGCGCUUGUCGCACGCCUCGCGCCUUUGAACUUGGUCUCUCCUGGCCUCGACGAUGAUAGACAUGGGCCAAUUCGCCAAAGCGUACGCGACAUCCUUGACAGUGUCGGAACGGACACUACCGGAGCUCUUCAAGUCGCUCCCAGGACUCCACUGCCUCUCAGGAGGAUGCUGACAGAGGGAAACGACCCAGUCACGCCAUCAAGCCCGAUCUCAACGAUUCUCUUCGACACUUUAGGAACUGUCGGUUGUUCGGCUGCGACGCCUCGUUAUGUUGGCGAUUUUGAGGAGCUGGGUGCUCUUGGAAAGGGUGGCUAUGGCGAGGUCUUCCAUGUCCGUCAUCACCUCGACCAGCGGGAGUAUGCUGUGAAAAAGGUGCCCAUUCGUCCAGCGAUGGUGUCUAGAAUACUGGCCGAGGGCAAGAGCGCUCUGGAUGAUGUCCUGGCUGAGGUCCAAACCCUUUGCAAGCUCGAGCACCCAAACAUCGUACGCUAUUUCAGCAGCUGGAUAGAGUGGUCCACGCCGAAACCUUCGUCCUUCGAAGGCAGCAGUUUCAGUCUUUCGAGCCAGCAAUUGAGAGAUGUCGUCGGUGGCGCUGAGGUCUCGACAUCGUUCAGUCAUUCGCUGCAUAGAGUGCGUACCGAAAGCGAUGGUCUAAGCGAUAACAUCUUCGAGAGUCGCUCCCACGACAGCAUCGCUCCGUCAGUGUCUGCCCACAGAUCUGGUCACGAGGAGUCGAGCAGUCGCUCGGUCACUGGUGCCGCAUUGGAGCGGUUUUCAGGCCCAGCUCUGACGCUGCACAUGCAGAUGGACGUCUAUCCGAUGACACUGGCUGAUUUCAUUGCGCCCAAGGCUGGCAGCUCCGGCAUUCUACCAUUGGCCCAUUGCUUCCAUCUGGAAACUUCAGUCCGGAUCCUUCUGGCCAUUCUGGACGGUGUGGAGUACCUGCAUUUGAAGAACAUGAUACAUAGAGACCUCAAGCCUGCCAACAUCUUCCUGAGGCACGAGGACAACCCCAGAGCGACGCACAACGUGGAUCUACUGCUCUGCUCGGAGUGUCGACGGGCAGGGAAACCGCAACCAGCUAAGCUGAGCGUGCGGAUCGGCGACUUUGGGCUUGUUACAAAUGUGGCCGAACAAAUCCAUUCCUCCCCAGGUGCAGCUGGCACAGAGCUGUAUCGGCCCAAGACGAUGGGUCUCGGUCCGCAGCUUGAUAUACAUGCCGUUGGUGUCAUAGCUUGCGAGCUGCUAUAUUGCUUCAACACCCAGAUGGAACGAAAAUCCAUCUUGCAUGCCCUGCGCGAUGGCCAUAUUCCAAAUCGCUUCACGACCUGCGUGGGGACACAGUCGAACAAGGCGAGGGAAUGCAUCAAAUCUAUGCUUACCCACGGAAACGAGAAUGUGUCGCUUCAUGAGAUAAAGCAUCGUUUGUCACAACUGAUAGCACCUCCAUCGUUCAGCGCGCUGUCGCUCAAUGAUGAGGUCACUCGCCGCUCGAGCACUUGA